GACACAUUAAUCCGGUUCGGUUUUCCUACGCCGUUUCGCCAUCCGCCGGUCACCACCGCCUCGCCUCGCCUUCGCCCCCGUCGUCGGCCGGUGGCGGGAAUCCGAUGUCAGUGCAUCCUCUCCACCUCUCCGUGGGUCUUCCCUCACCCAUGUCCCUGUUGCCUCCGCCCUCCGACUCUCGCCACUUCCGCCGCUCUUCCCCAGGGGCUGCUCUGCCGCCGCACCCCUCCUGUCCCCGCCUAAGGCCCGUGCGUCGCUCAUCCAUUCCCGUCCCUCCUAAGGCCCGGGCCAAAAGCCUCAGAUCCAGUGCUGACCGUGUCUGUUCCUAUGACCAAUUGUUGCUGUUCAUUGCUGGAUUUCUUAAAAUUAGCUGCUCUUUGUUUGUUGGUCUAAUUUAUCUAAUAUUUGUCUCCUGUGCAAUCAGAGCAUAUGCAGAGUUAUGUGAAUAGCUUUGCAAAUUUAGCAAGGACGCAUAGACAAGAUACUGAAAAUGUCCAGGACAUCUCAUCUAAGAUCCUUGGGUUGGGUUGGAUGAAGCACUGCUUCUCUCCAUCAAUGGUUUGAAAAGUCUUUUUCUACUUUUUUUUAAAGUGAAGGUUUUCUGACUGAGGUGGAGAAGAGACUCUCCAUAGAGAAUAGAGAUGAGAUUUUCCAUGUCAGAAGGUGUCCGUCGUUCGGGAGGCCCCUAUUUUUAGAAGCUUUUACCCUUGUCUUCUGCCUCCUCUUUUGCCUCCUCUCCACAGUCUGAUUUAGAGACCUUUGCAUGCCCUGCCUCCUCUCCACAAUUUAUUCCUGUAGCUUCGACGGAGGUACAUUUCUUUCCUCAAACCUGCUCCAUUACGCAUAAAUUUGGAUCCUGAAUUUACCCAAACUUUGGUGAGACGCUGUUAUUUUUUUCCCCUUAAUUUCUGCAACUAUUUGUUUCUCUCUUAUUAUUAUCUGAACCGAUGCUUGAAGAACCAGAGAUUUGUCUAUGCUCUAUCUUUUGUAAACGUAUGAUACUUACAUAUGUUUGCCUGGAUCUCACAAAAAUGUUAUGCUAUGCAGUAGGGUGCUCGUUUCUGAUCCGAAUGGGUGCAAGAUAUCCUCUUGUGCUCUUGAUCCUUUUACUUCUCAAUGGAGCCAAUGCUGCUUUGGAUCCUCGGGUACCAGAAUGGCUGACUUUGGAUGGUGGUCCUCCUCUAGUCGUUGCCCGUGGAGGGUUCUCUGGCUUAUUUCCCGAGUCAACCAAGUUUGCAUACCGCUUUGCAGUGGAAGCUAGCUUGCCUGAUGUCGUUCUGUACUGCGAUCUGCAGUUCUCCAAAAAUGGUGUGGGCUUCUGCAGAAGAGAACUGAGACUUGAGAAUUCAACACUAAUUUCUCGGGAAUACCCUGACAGGGCCUCGACAUACAACGUGAAUGGAGAAGAUCUUUAUGGAUGGUUCUCUGUGGAUUUUGGAUCAAAUGAGCUGUAUAGUAUCAACGUGAUUCAGGAUGACUACGCUCGCUCAAAUAUAUUCGAUGGCAUAUUGAGAAUGUGGUCACUUGGUGAUUUAGUUGACCAGAUCCAACAUCCUCAUAUUUGGGUUAAUGUGGAGUACGAUUUGUUUUAUCUGGAGCACGGAUUAAGUACUGAAGACUACAUAUUAGGACUACCAGAGGAAUAUUCCGUCACUUACGUCUCCUCACCAGAAGUGGCAUUAUUGAAAAGCCUCAGUGGAAAGCUCAGAAGCAAAACUAAGCUAAUUUUACGGUUCCUCCGUGAAGAUGUUGUGGAGCCUUCCACCAGGAAAACAUAUGGAGAACUUCUGAAAGACCUAAAGUCCAUCAAGGCCUAUGCAUCAGGGAUUCUUGUCCACAAGCAUCAAAUUUGGCCACAGAAUAAGGAUAAGUACUUGGAGCCAUCUACUAGUCUGGUCAAAGACGCCCAUGCCAUAGGACUGGAAGUGCAUGCAUAUGGAUUUGCCAAUGAUGAUCCCAAUUUGAGUCACAACUACAGCUUUGAUCCCAGUGCGGAAUACUUGCAGUUCAUAGAUAAUUCAGACUUCUCUGUUGACGGCUUGUUAACGGAUUUCUCACCCACUGCGUCGGAAGCCGUAGCUUGUUUUGCACAUACCAAGAAUAAUUCAUAUGCUCUUCCUCCUCCUGGAAAUGCAAAAAAAACCAGGCCACUGAUCAUAACCCACAACGGCGCGAGUGGCAUCUUCUCAGAUAGUACAGACCUUGCCUACCAACAAGCGGUGAAAGACGGUGCAGACAUAAUAGACUGCUGGGUUCGGAUGUCAAAAGACGGGGUCCCCUUCUGCCUGGGCUCUACAGAUCUCAACUGCAGCACGACAGCAGGCAACGCUUUCGCGGCAAAAUCUAACAUUGUCAAUGAGAUACAGAACAAAUCUGGCAUUUUCUCGUUUGACCUCUCAUGGAGCGAGAUCCAAACCUUGAAACCCAACCUUAUCGGUCCAUUCUCGGAGGAACGCCUGGAACGAAAUCCUGCUGCGAAGAACGCUGGCAAACUUUUGACAUUGGACGAGUUCCUUGAUUAUGCAAAAAGCAGCAACGUCUCCGGUAUACUUAUUGGGAUAGAGCAUGCUCCAUACCUGGCAACCAUAGGUCUUGAUGUGGUGGGUGCAAUCUCUGAUGCACUGGCCAAUUCCGGCUAUGACAAAGAGACCAAGCAGCAUGUGCUCAUACAGUCGGAGGAGACCCCAGUGCUUGCAGCAUUCAAGAAGUUCCCCAAGUUCAAGAGGGUCCUCACGAUUGAAUUCGAUAUCGGCGAUGUUUCCAAGCCUUCGGUGGUUGAGAUCAAGGAGAUUGCAAAUGCAGUGAAGCUCAGACGGAGCUCGGCCACUAGGAUCAAUGGCUACUUCCUGUCGGGGUUCACCGAUGCUUUGGUUAAAAGGCUGCACGAUGCGAAAAUGGAAGUGUACGUCGGUGUUCUGAAGAAUGAGUUCAUGAACCUCGCGUUCGACUACUGGGCUGACCCGAUGAUUGAAAUCGCUACAGACACUUGGUCAGUGGUUGCUGAUGGGCUUGUAACCGAGUUCCCUGGCACUGCAGCUGCAUACUUCAAGAGCCCGUGCAGCGAUGUGGAACGGAACCUGAGCUUCAUAAUCCACCCUGCAAGUGCCGGUGAAUUGGUCAAGCUGGCUGCCGUUGGUUUGGUGCCUCCAGCGCCACCUCCAGCGCCGAUGCUCCAACCUGCUGAUAUUCUGGACCCGCCACUGCCAUUGUGCACGAGCCAGCCGCAGUUCCGGACCAGCCGCUGCCGUCUGGCUCCGGUGGCGAAAGCGAAAGCUGACUACACCGCUAACCUGGCCGCCGAAGGAUGAAUUGCCAUGGCACAUGUUGCUGAUACUUUUGACUCUGUAUGGCAAUAUCAGGCCACUCUUUGCAAAAUUCACUGCUGGAAUUUCGUUGUACAUUACAUAGUAAACACACAGCACUAGAACAACACUGCCUGUUAAAUAUUGGAACAUCGCCGGCAAACUUUUUUCUUUAGACUUUGGGCAAAUUUAUUGCUCUAAAUAAGGGUUACAUCGUCCA